GGCAGAUCAGUGGCAAAAGUUUAUUGUCAAAGACUCGAGUUCAGUUCUUGGCAUAAGACUAGGUAGUAUUAUAUCAAGCUUCAAACUUGCUCCACAAGUCCAUAGUCGUUCCAGUUCUGCUAUAUAGAGAAGUGGUUCUUCUUGGGUUCUGGACAAGUUCUUAUGUCAUGAGAGUGAAAAUUGCUCUGGAGGAAAAAGGAGUCCGCUACAAGUAUUUGGAAGAAGAUAUUUUCCAUAAUAAGAGCCCCUUGCUUCUGAAAACCAACCCUGUGCAUAAGAAAGUUCCAGUUUUGAUUCAUAAUGACAAGCCUAUAUGUGAAUCCCUCAAUAUUCUUCAAUAUAUUGAUCAUGUUUGGAAUGAUGAAGCAGCUCCAAAGCUACUUGCCGAGGAUCCUUAUGACAGAGCUAAGGCAAGAUUUUGGGUUGAUUGUUUCGACAAGAAGAUAGCGGACUGUGGUAAAAAGAUGUGGGCAAGCAAGGGAGAAGAGCAAGAAGCAGCAGCGACUGAGUUUAUAGAAAGCUUAAAAGUGUUAGAAAUGGAGCUCGGAGAGAAGCCCUUUUUCGAAGGGGAGCAUUUCGGCCUCUUGGAUAUUGCCUUCAUACCAUUCUCCUGCAGGUUUUAUACAUAUGAGAUCCUUUGCAAUUUCAACGUAGAGAAAGAAGUCCCCAAGAUAAUGGAAUGGGUGAGGAGAUGUUACCAGAGGGACAGUGUUUCCAAUAGCAUUCCAGACCAAUAUAAAGUCUAUGACUUCGUCUUGGAAAAAAAGAAGAUGUAUGGAAUUAGCUAGGAUAUUUAGAAGAGUGAUUCGAAAAGUUAAGAGAUUCACAGGAAGCCAAUGAAGGACGUAAUAAUUUGAUCCAAGUAAUGUGUGUAUCCAAAAUUCCAAAUAGAUCAGCAUGAAUAGGAAGGAAAUGAAAUAAUAAGAUCAAAUUUGAUCAUUCCUGUGAAAUGUAGUACAUGCAUAUAAUUUCUUUGCU